AUGUAUCACGUCGAGCUUCUUCCCAACUCCUCCACCCACCUCACUCCCGGGUGGACCUACGUCGCCGACAGGGGCUUCGAUCCCGCCAAAGCAGCUAUCACGCCUGCCAUCGGCAGGAAACGAGGAAUUCGAGAGCCUGCAGGCCGUGCAGAUGUGUCUUCGAGACAGAAUAAUGCGAUUGUUCGACACCUAGCGGAGCUUGAUCGAGAAAACCACAAAGAUACUCAUAUUCCAAUCCCCGCGAAACAGAAGGACGCGGCGGGCAGAGGAACGCGAGGAAAAGUAACACCAAACGUGCGCCGCAUCCUUCAGUCGCAAAAGACGUUCCGAAACUAUCUCGAUGACGAAGAAGCUGCGCUGGCGCAAGCUGGCCAACAGACCACCACAGCGCGUCCUGCAGCUGUCAACAAAGUGACAAAACCAUCCAGACGGAGCACGACACCCGCUACCCCAAAACCAGAAUCUUCCCGACAAAGAAAGCAAACACCAGCGACGACACAGCUAUCGAGAACUUCGACUCCGGCAGAGACCCCUAGCGUUGCACCGUCGGAUACAGAAUCGACGCCUAAGAACCAGCUGAUUAAAUCGGAACAUGACGAUGACCCUCUUCUCCGCUCCUAUAUCCCCUCCGCGCCGUCUGAUCGCAUUAUGCAGGCGCUCGUGUCUGAACCGCCACUGACCUAUAAUGCCUCCCGCGCUGGCCCGCCUGUCUCCGUUAAAUCAGUCCGACAUUUCUGCAAUAUGUGCGGGUACUGGGGAAAGAUUCGAUGCAAGAACUGCCAUGUGAGAACGUGUGGACUUGAGUGUUAUAAGGUCCAUGAGGACUCACGAUGUGGAGCUUUCUUUUAA